AUGAGCGAUGUCUCUUUAGAUUAUUCAGAGGAAAGCGAUAACUCCAGAUCGAGCAGUCGGCGUUCGUCAAUUUCCAAAAAUGGAGAUAAGCCACUAUGGAAGAGCAGAAAAGGGUCAGAGUCGAGCCGGUCGUCUAGUAGAUCGAGAUCGCCAAAGAAGAAGCGAUCGCCUAUCAGAGCUCCGACGCCAUCGCCGCCGUCUCGAAUGAGAGGCGGUCGAUCAGCAUCUCCUAGAAAUAGGCGAAGAAGUCGAACAAGAAGUCCUCGACGAAGAAGGAGCCCUGAUAGGCGUCGAAGAAGUAGAAGUCCUCGUAGGAGUCCUGGCUAUCGUCGACGAAGUCCGAUUAGCCGCAGAAGGAGCCCGUCGUAUGAUCGCGAUUCACGAUCACCAAGACGAGAUUAUAGACGGCAGAGAUCUCCCACGACAUACAGGAAUGAAAAUCAUAAUGGGGACAUGUGGGAGCAAAGAAGAUCGGUUCGAUUCGAAAUCCAGAAGCAUGGCGAAAAAAGUGUCUGGGGAGAAUCGCCAUCACAGCGCGAUAUUGAAGAAACCUAUAGAUUAAAAGAAGUGGCCGAUGCGGCUCAAAUCGAGCAGGAAAAGAAAGGCGCGAAAUUGAAAGCGGAUCGUGAGAAGGCCAAACGAAAAGAGGAGCGAAAGCGUCGGCGAUUGGCGGAAUUGUCCGGAUCAGACUCGUCAAGCGAUUUGAGCGACGAUUCGGAUGAUGAGAAGCACAGUAAGAAAAAGAAGAAGAAGAAAUCAAAGAAGAGCAAAAAGAAGAAGAGCAAAAAAGAGAAGAAGGAGAAGAAAAAGAAGGAGAAGGAGGCGAAAGUGGGAAUCGCGAAGAAUGACGAUGAUUCGUCGGAAUGGGAAGAACGACCAUGCGCGUCUCCAGUGGAAACAGGAAAAGAAGGAAGCUAUUCACCGGGUCCGAUUAUUCCGGAGCACAUCAAAUCGCGAAAUGAGAUACAGAAUAGAAUUGACGACACGAACAUCUCGUACGGAAAAGAUCUGUUGCGUGGUGAGGGCGCUGGCAUGGCGGCCUAUGUGGCGCGUGGCGAGCGUAUUCCGAGACGUGGUGAAAUCGGAUUGUCGUCGAAUGAGAUUCAACAAUUCGAGAAGUGGGGAUAUGUGAUGUCGGGCUCGAGGCACAAGGCCAUGGAAGCGACAAGACUGCGAAAAGAGAAUCAGAUUCUCACUGCUGAAGAGAAGCGCCUUCUUAGCGGCGUCUCGAUGGAAGCGAAGAAGAAGAAGGAGGAGGCGGUUCUGGAGCAAUUCCGAAGUCUCAUCAAGAACAAGAACAUGCGAUCGUGA